AUGACGGGGAAUGAAGAAACUUCCAGUUCUUCAGAAACUUUGGCAAACCAAACUCUGGACGACAGAAAACCAUGCUGGUAUUGGGAUAAAAAAAUUUUAUCUAUGACACCUUCCCUGUUAGAGGGCCUGGAUCCAGCUAUUGAAGCCCAAUACCGACGAGAGGGUGCCAGGUUCAUCUUUGAUGUAGGAAAAUCUUUGGGACUGCCCUAUCUCACGGUGGCUACAGGAGUAAUGUUUUUUCACCGUUUCUACAUGUUUCAUUCAUUUAAGCAAUUCCCAAGAUAUGUGACAGGAGCGUGUGCUCUUUUUUUGGCAGGAAAAGUAGAAGAAACUCCUAAAAGAUGUAUUGAUAUUCUCAAAACAGUUCGCAGCUUGUUAAAUGACAUACAGUUUGGUCAAUUUGGAGAUGACCCAAACGAGGAAAUUAUCGCUUUAGAAAGGGUCUUAUUACAGGCUAUAAAGUUUGAUUUUCAGGUGGAACAUCCCUAUGAAUAUCUGUUAAAAUAUGCCAAACAACUCAAAGGUGAUAAAAACCAAAUCCAAAAGUUAGUUCAAAUGGCAUGGACAUUUGUAAAUGACAGCUUGUGUACUACAUUAUCAUUACAGUGGGAACCGGAUAUCAUAGCAGUCUCAGUGAUGUACUUGGCAGGUCACUUAUGCAAAUUUAAAAUACAGGAAUGGACAUCAAACCCAUUGUACGAGAGAUGGUGGGAACAGUUUGUUCCAGAUGUAUCUGAUGAGGUAUUAGAAGAUAUUUGCCGUCAGAUCCUGGAUCUCUAUUCACAAGAACACGAGCAGAAAGCUCUCCAUAUUCCUCAUCAUUUGCAGCAACCAGAGUCUCUUCAGUCAAGGCCUCAAGUGCCCUCACUCCAGUGCUGUGACAACAGUUCCAGCAUUCUCAAAAUUCUAAAUGGUGGCAGCCCCAAAAGAAAGAGACCCAGCAGUGAACAGCAGCAGCAACAGCAGCAAGCACAACAAUCUAAGAAACCAUCUCCUCGGUCUAACUCUCCCAGGAAAGUUAAACAAUCACUCGCUAUUUCUUCCAGGGCAGAUAAUAAGGCAGCAGAGUCAUCACCAUCUAAAAUCUCCCAAAUUCAGACCAUACACCCAUCAAGAUUACCUGGACAUCGACCUCCACAAUGUCAACCAGUGCUCACAGAUGCAGUUUCAAUAGGAAAGGGAGAGCAGACCAGCACAAUGGAGUUUGGAGAGCUACCAAACGUCCAGAUUGCUCCUCAAAGUUAUUCUGCCCCUGUAUAUCAACCACCUCCUCUUCCUCACCAUCCCUCGCUACCACCUUUUAGCCACUUCACUACAAUGUCAAAUACAAAUUCCUACAUAUCAGAAGGUUAUGAAAAUAUGCAAUUCAUGAGGAACACAGACAGACCAUUCCAUGGGGUUCUGCCCCCAGAAUAUGGACAAGCCACUCAUUUGCCAUACCCUCCACACAUACAUCCUCUUAACCCUCCAUCACUUGUCCCACCUGCCCUAGCAUCAUCCUUUCCACCACCCAUAAUUCCUACACCAACAUCUGCAAAUGUCCCCCCACCAGCAUAUAACUUUAACUUUCACCCUCCACAAUUGCCUCCAGCUCAUGCUGAUCCUUCCUAUUCUUGUCCAGGACUUUCAAUGCCACCUCCUAGAUACCCUAUUCCAUUUGUGCCCCAAGGUGGACAACCUCCAGUGCCACAUCCCAUCUUUCCACCUGGCAUGUCUAUUUCACAAGGAUUAAAUCAUUCAACUUGGAUGAAAUAA